ACCAUAUUUACACAACUUUUGAACCCACAUGGCUUAUGCUUUCAUCAUGAUCAUAACUUGAACAAUUAAAUAUAUAAUUUCCUAAUGUUUUAAAUACAGGCAAACUUCAACCUCACAUAACACAGCAAAAACCCUUUUUUUCCAAAAUUUGUGUGUCAAAGUCUAAGUGAAAAAUGUCAGCUGUAGUAGGAACUAUUUCUUCUUCCCAAAAUACUGGGAUUAGUUUCUCUUCUAACAUAAAGAAAGAAGCUGAGCACAAAACUGAUAAGACCAUAGACAGCUUAGGCUUUGACGAAAACACAGACAUUUGCAAAGAUUUGAUCAAGGAAAUCACCAAAAAGACUGAUGAAGAUAACUCUGCAGUACUGCAACGCGAAGAUGAUGCCUGUUUGAAGUCUGAAGACAGUAAGAAAGACGAACAGACUGAAAAGAAUGAUAAGGACAAUGGAAGCUUAGACAAACAGAACCAGAAACUUCUUGGAAACAUUGACAUUUUAGCUAUUACUGAAGAGAACAAAAAGGCAGAAGUGCAGAUAUUAAGUCUUUCAGUUCUUUCACCUGGUCGUGCCAAUGUAGUGUUACCGAUUCCAUUUCCUUCAACAACGUCUAAGACCACCCUAUUUACGCUCAAAGAAGGAAGUAAAUACCGCAUCAAAUUCCUUUUCAGCGUGUCCAAAAAUGUUGUUAAGAACCUUACGUACACUUACAUGGUCUGGAAGGCAGGACUAAGAGUCCACCAAACGAAGAAAUUGAUAGGAACGUUUAAUCCUCGAGAAGAGCAAUAUACAUUUGAAUUAGAAGAAGGAACUACUCCUACUGGAUUCUUUGCAAGGGGUCCUUUUCUUGUUCGAUCUAAGUUUGUGGAUGAUGAUGGGAAUUGUUACUUGGAUACCACUUACUACUUUGACAUCAGAAAGGAUUGGGGAGCAAAAGAGAAGUGCUAAAGCUUAUGUGUCCUCUUUAAUUUGUAAUCUUUGUAACUUAAUUGUAUGUUGCAUUAUUAAUGUUUAAAUUUAAAUGACAAAUAACUGCAAAUCCCUAGCUUUAAUUUGGUCCAUCCUAAUUCUAAUAGCUUGUCUAAUGUAUUUUCUGUGUACACCCAUUUGUAACGUCAAUUUGUAUUUUACAUCCAGUACAACCAAGGUUAUUUAUUUUCUCA